AUUCAUACAUACAUACCCAAUUCUCUCUACUGAGAGUAAAGUAAAAUAAUAUUUUGUUGCAGAAGAAGAAUGGAGAUGAGGAUGAGGAUGAUUUUGUGUUUGUUGGUAAUAAUUUCGAUAAUUGGUUGUAUUCAUGGAGAUGAGAAUGAGUCAUUCAGGAAGCAACCCACAAAAGUGAAGACGGUGAAGGAUACCAAGAUGUGUGUCAAGGAUUGGGAGUGUAACAAAUUGUCUAAAUUUUGUUGUAAUUUGACAAUAACUGAUUAUCUCGACACUGACCAAUUUGAGCUCCUUUUCACUAAGAGGAACUCACCCGUAGCUCACGCUGUUGGAUUCUGGGAUUAUGGAUCUUUCAUUAGGGCUUCAGCACUUUACCAGCCUCUUGGAUUUGGUACCACCGGUGGUAAGAAAAUGCAGAUGAAGGAGAUUGCUGCUUUCCUUGGACAUGUCGGUAGCAGAACUUCUUGUGGUUAUGGAGUCGCCACUGGCGGACCACUCGCUUACGGUCUAUGCUAUAACAAGGAAAUGAGUCCCAGCCAAGAUUACUGUGAUGACUACUUCAAAUUAACCUACCCAUGCACUCCUGGAGCCAGAUAUUACGGUCGUGGUGCCUUGCCUAUCUACUGGAACUACAAUUAUGGAGCUAUUGGUGAAGCCCUCAAGCUUAAUCUGUUGGAUCAUCCCGAAUACAUUGAACAAAAUGCUACCAUGGCUUUCCAGGCUGCAAUUUGGAGGUGGAUGAACCCAAUGAAGAAGGGUCAGCCUUCAGCUCAUGAUGCCUUUGUUGGCAACUGGAAGCCCACAAAAAAUGAUACUUUGUCUAAACGACUUCCUGGUUUUGGUACCACCAUGAAUAUUCUCUAUGGUGAUGGUGUUUGUGGCCAAGGUGAUGUUGACGCAAUGAACAACAUCAUCUCCCAUUACCAGUACUACCUUGACUUGAUGGGUGUUGGUCGCGAGGAAGCAGGGCCUCACGAAGUACUCAACUGCGCAGAGCAAAAACCUUUUAACCCAACCGCUGCCCCUGCUGCUGCUUCUUGAGACUUAUGUCAGAUUGGUGGUCAACAUGCCAUCCUACGAAGCAUAGAAUAAGUGAAGUGAUAUUGUGAAAUGUAUGACACUGGAACAGAUUGGGAAUCAUAAUGUUUAAGAGGAUAUUGCCAUUCUUGUUGUCUUAUCAUGUAAUAUUUUUGGACUUGCAUUUUAUUUUUUUUACGUUCAUGGUUUGAUUUAUAUAUAUAUGUACUGUGAAGCUUCUACAUUGUAAUUUGUGAAACUGUUAUAAGUUGCAAUUCUAUUGCCCUGUUGCAUUUCA